AUGGCGAUUCGCGAGGAACUCGUGGCCUCUGCGGUCCAAUUUCUACAGGACCCCAAUGUCGCCAACUCUUCGAUUGAAAACAAAGUCGGAUUCCUGCGAUCAAAAAACCUGACGCAGGAGGAGAUUGAUCAUGCACUCGCUCGCACCGGCGCGGGUGCGUCGUCUGUCGUCCCAGCACCCUACCCACCACAAGGCUCUCCCCAACCAUAUUACCCCCCAUACCAGCAACAGGCAUGGCAACCGCAGCCUCCUCCUCGACGCGACUGGAGAGAUUGGUUCAUCAUGGCCACGUUAGUUGGCGGGGUGAGCUACGGCGUCUACACCCUUGGCAAGCGCUAUGUUUACCCUCUUAUUGCUCCUCCCACACCAGAAAAGCUAGAGCAGGAUAAAAAGUCGAUUGAGGACCAGUUUGAGCGAGCCUUUACCCUGGUGGAGCAGCUUGCCAAGGACACCGAGGAGCUCAAGCAGACUGAGCAGCAGCGAACAGAGAAGCUCGAUUCGGCUCUGGCGGAGCUUGAGACGGUCAUGUCAGACCUCAAGACAGCGAACCGACGACGCGACGAUGACGCGCAGCGCAUCCGCGAAGACAUCCAAGGCUUGAAGGACGCCAUUCCGAAGGCCAUGGAGAGCCAGAAGACCCAGGCCGAUAACCGUCUGUACGAGAUUAACACUGAACUGACGAGUCUCAAGACUCUGGUCUCUCAGCGUAUGACCUCCGUAAACAGCUCGGCCGGUGGCUACUCGCGACCUGGGGCCUCGGCCACUCCCGCCGCCGCGUCGCCUGCCCCUGCCGCUACCACUCCUAAGCCCGCGACCGUCUCCGAUCCAGCUACCACUAGCACCGAGACUGCUAGCAGCGCCAAAGCCCCAGAGCCUGCGAAGGCGGCUGAGGCUCCAAGAACGCUCUCCCAGAGUCCCUUCAACAAGGGCUCAGGCAAAGCAUCUAUCCCAGCCUGGCAAAUGGCCAUGUCUAACAAGAACGGCGCCGGCUCCUCCUCCGCCGCUAGCGGAAGCAACGGUGGCGAGGGGGCUUCUAGCAGCUCUUGA